AUGGGAAUGUUCAUAUCUUUAUUGAACUUUUAUAUGAAAAAUAAACUAAUUCCUGAUUUUUUUGACAAUGAAACAAAUAAAAAGGCAAGAAAUUUUGGAAUUGAUAUUCACAAUUUGACAUCUUGCUAUACAUCAACAGAAAAUUUAUUAGAUUGGAUGUUGACUUUUAAGAAUCAAAAAUUUUCAAAAAAUGAAGUUUUUAGUAUGAAUAUUAAUGUUGUUGAUAAGAUGGAUAAACAAAAUAAUAAUAUAAUGGAUUUAAAAUCAUUACCAUUGGAUAAAAUGUUAAUAUCCUUAAAACAUAGAGGAUCAUCAUAUAUUGUAUCAACUGAUCAAUUUAUCAAAGCAAUUGAAUAUUUUGAAGAUGAUAUCCUUGAGGAACUUAUGUAUUUUGACUUGACUGCACGUCAAGAAAGAAUGAUAAAACAGGACAAUGCUCAGAGAUUAUCAACAGAUUCAACACUAUUUCAAAGUUAUUUACAAACAUCUGAUAGGCCAUUUUUGAAGAAGAGCAUUUCUGUUAACCAAAAACGAAUGGAAGAUGAUGUUGUUAAGGUUAUUCAUAUGCUUGAGGAAAAAGAGAAAGAUCUCGAGUUAGCUGCUAAGAUUGGAAAAAGUUUAUUGGAACAGAAUCAAGAACUCAGGGAACGAAAUUCAUUUUUGCAUGACUCAUUAACCAAAAAUGCAGAAACUAUUAAUGAAUUAAAACAUCAAGUUAAAUAUAAAGAAAAAUUAAUUAGAUCAAUUAAAAAAGAGGAUGACAUGGAAGUAAUUGAGCAUGAAAAAAAUAUUAAUAAUUCAAUUGAUUCUUUAAAAAAUAAAAUUGACGGGUUGAAGAAGGAGAAUAGUUAUUUGAAAAAUGAAGCAAAAGAAUUAAAAAUAUUAAGUAAAACUUUUGAAGAAGAGAAGAAGUCUUUGGCUGAGGAAUAUACAAGAUAUUUAGAUAAAGCUAAUUCACAAGUAUCAAGAUUACAAAGUAUUAUUAAUGAAAAAGAUAAAGAAUGUUUUCAGCAGACAAAAGAAAUUGAAAAAUUAAUGAAAAAAAUUAUUGAACAAAAAAGUCAGGAGAAAGUUUAUAUUGAAGAAAAUGCACAUUUAACAGAACAACUUGGUGAAAUGGUUAUUAAUCAUGAAUAUUUAAAGGAACAAAUUUCUGAGUUACAAGAUAAAUAUAUUGAAGUAUUUGAAAUGUUAAAAGAAGCUGAGGAGGAGUUAUGUAAAUUUAGAAAAAAACCUUCAAUGUUUGGGAGGGCAAUGUCAUCUGACUCAUUAUAUGAUUCUUUAGCUUCUGAAGUUGAAGUUCAUGAUAGUGGUUUUUAUACUACACCAAUGGUAUCUGCAAGAUCAGAUUCUAGGAAUUCUAAUUUUUUAAUUUCUCAUAGGGAUGAAGAAAAUAAUAAAUGUAAAUAUUAUCCAAUAGAAGGAAGAUUAAGUGAUGAAUUAGCAGCAAUUGGAUGUAAUAUUUUUUCUCAAAAUGUAUCUACUAAUUGCAAUACACAAUCUAAUGAAAAUACAGAUGAUGAACUUAUUAUGAUUUCUCCUACUUAUAAAAACGAUAAUUAUUCAAGAAAAGAUAAUAGUUAUUAUAAUAUUGAACAUCCAAAUGAUCCAACUAGUGAUAUACCAAUAACUCCAAUAGAAAAUAAUAUAAGUAUAUUAAUGUCUUCAACACCCAUCAAAGAAAGUAUAAAUAAUAAAAAAGAAUUAGAAACAAGAGAUAUUUCAUGUAGUCCUAUAAAAGAACUUUUAAUUAAUUACAAUACCAUUGAAGAUAAUGAAAUUACCCCUCGCGCUGUGAAUAAUAAUAAAAAAUAUUUUAUUAAUAACAGUGAUCCUGAUAUGAUAAUGGUUAAACCUAAAUGUCAACAUAUAAAUCAUACAACUUCAUUAGGAGUAUCAAAAUCUUUGUCAUCUUCUAAUGAUUCAUUAUCUGAACUUACCCCAUUAGGUCUCGGUGUCCCAGGAAGAUUAGGUACACGUGAUUUAGAAUUUUCUUUAAAAAAAAUUGCUACACGUAGAGAGGUAGAAAAAGAUUAUGAAAAACAUAGAGCAAGUAAUGGAUUACCUCCAUCUAAAUAUAAAAUGUUUCAUAAUAAAAUUCAUGAUAUUGGAAUAAAUAUCUUGACAAAAGUUGAUAAUAACAAACAAAUAUCAAAUGGUGUUGUAUCAAGAAAUAAUAUAAAUUCAACUACUUCAAAACAUUUUCCAAAUACUCCAAUAAAAACAAAUAGUCCAAGAAAAAUCACAAAUUUUUUACAACAAAUGUUAUCUUUAGAAAAUGUUCUCUCAGAAAUUGAAUCUCCACAAAAAAUUAGCGGUGUAAUUGAAAAAAAUGGCAUUGUUUCUGUAACAAACGAAAAAUUAUAUAAAUAG